AGACAUUUGUUUCCCUUUCCCCAUCUUUGGUCUGAUUUCCACCUCCUUUCCUUGCUGUCUUUAUAUUCUGUGUCUCUCUCCUCCUUCUUUUAGUUAUCUGUGUGAGGUAAGAAAGAGAAGAAGACAGUACAACUAAUAAAAAGUUUUCAUAUGGGUUGGUUCCUUUGUGGUGGAAAUUCAAACCAAGAUGAAAAGAAGAAGCUGCCUAUCAACAAUAACACCACCACCACCAACAACUUUGAUCAUCAGAUCCCAUCUACUUCAGAGAAGCUGAAAGUGAAUUCUGCACCAAAUACUAAGAAGGAAGCUACUAAAGAUGGAGGGUCGGAUCACAUUGCGGCGCAUACUUUUACGUUUCGUGAAUUGGCAGCUGCAACAAAGAAUUUCAGGGCAGAUUGCCUUCUGGGUGAAGGAGGUUUCGGCCGAGUGUAUAAAGGGCGAUUAGAGAGCACUAAUCAAGUUGUGGCAAUCAAGCAGCUCGAUCCUAAUGGACUGCAAGGGAACAGGGAAUUCCUUGUUGAAGUAUUGAUGUUGAGCCUGCUUCACCACCCUAAUCUUGUCAACUUAAUCGGAUAUUGUGCUGAUGGAGAUCAGAGACUUUUGGUUUAUGAAUACAUGCCGUUAGGAUCUUUGGAAGAUCAUCUACAUGAUUUACCUCCUGAUAGAAGGCGACUUGAUUGGAAUACUAGAAUGAAAAUAGCUGCAGGUGCUGCAAAAGGUUUGGAGUAUUUGCACGACAAAGCUAGCCCGCCUGUCAUAUAUCGAGAUUUAAAAUGCUCAAACAUUUUGCUUGGUGAAGGCUACCAUCCGAAGCUAUCUGAUUUUGGCUUGGCUAAAUUAGGCCCUGUUGGAGAUAAGACUCAUGUAUCGACUAGAGUAAUGGGGACCUAUGGAUAUUGUGCUCCUGAAUAUGCAAUGACUGGACAGCUUACACUGAAAUCAGAUGUUUAUAGUUUCGGGGUUGUUUUCCUUGAAAUCAUUACUGGAAGAAAAGCUAUCGACAACUCGAGAGCUGGUGGCGAGCAAAAUCUGGUUGCCUGGGCUCGUCCGCUAUUUAAAGAUAGAAGGAAAUUUGCACAAAUGGCCGACCCAUUACUUCAGGGCCAAUAUCCAGUGAGGGGUUUGUACCAAGCUUUAGCUGUAGCUGCCAUGUGUGUUCAGGAACAGCCCAACAUGCGGCCGCUUAUAGCGGAUGUAGUCACUGCCCUCACCUAUCUUGCUUCUCAAAGGUAUGAUCCUGAAACUCAGUCGGUUCAAGGACCCCGCACGGGUUCUUCCACUCCAAGGAUGAGAAGGGAAUAAUGCCAAGCUAAAGGGAGAAGUAAACCAUUACUUAUAUGACACAACCGAAUCCGUGGGUAACUGAUGGUCAAGAUUCAAGACAAGAAUCAACAGGUUUAUAUGUUUGAGAUUUACUGCCGAGCGGCCACAAGAUGGCAAUCACGAUGCAAGCGGUAUCCCUACACCCUUUUGUCAUGUCCUCUUUUCUCUUCAUUUUUGUCCAAAUUCAUUUUUUUAAUGUAAAUUUGAGCUUGAAAGCCUUGUAUCUAAAAUGUCUUUAAUAUAGAAACUGGUGUCCCUUUAAUGAUCAUUCAAUUAUGCUUGUCAAUAUUGAACAUUGCUAGAUUAUAUAGUAAUUUAUCUAGUUGCUAGCUUUUGCUUA